UCUGAUUCUCCAGCAAUGAUGGGCAGUCGAGCGAGCGCUGAGAGAGCACACACUACAGUCCCUGAACUCAGUGACAAGAUGAGCCUUCCCCUCUCACGCUCUGAAGUGUUUGGGCAGCUGAGGAAAGAACUACAUGAUGAUAAAGAAUUUCACCAGUCUGACGUUCAUACCUUCAUCAUCAUGGGGGCUUCGGGAGAUCUGGCCAAAAAGAAAAUCUACCCAACUUUGUGGUGGUUGUUCAGAGACGGUCUUCUCCCUGAACAGACAUAUUUUGUGGGUUUUGCGCGUUCUGAUCUGACCGUGGAUGCCAUACGUGCAGCCUGCAUGCCCUACAUGAAGGUGGCAGACUCUGAGGCAGAGCGGCUCGCUGCGUUCUUCAGCAGAAACUCUUACAUCAGCGGGAAGUACGUGGAUGAAUCCUCUUUCGCUAACCUGAACACUCACCUGCUGUCCCUGCCUGGAGGAGCUCAGGCCAACCGGCUCUUCUACCUGGCCCUGCCGCCCAGCGUCUACCACGACGUCACCAAGAACAUCAAACAUCAGUGCAUGAGCACCAGAGGCUGGAACAGGAUAAUCGUGGAGAAGCCUUUUGGACGUGACCUGCAGAGCUCAGAGGAGUUAACCUGUCAUCUCUCUUCUCUCUUCACUGAGGACCAGAUUUACCGUAUAGACCAUUAUCUAGGCAAAGAGAUGGUCCAGAACCUCAUGGUUCUCAGGUUUGGAAAUCGGAUAUUUGGCCCCAUAUGGAACCGGGACAGUGUGGCUUGUGUGGUUCUGACCUUCAAAGAGCCGUUUGGUACCCAGGGCCGGGGAGGAUAUUUUGAUGAUUGUACUGUAAAGGUGCUGAAGUGCAUUGAGCCGGUCUCUGUAUCAGAUGUGGUCUUGGGUCAGUAUGUUGGAGAUCCAGAUGGGGAAGGAGAGGCUAAACUGGGUUAUCUAGAUGACAAAACUGUCCCUGAAGGUUUUUUGUAUGCUCUCUGUGUCCCUCUACAGGUAAAGGUGCUGAAGUGCAUUGAGCCGGUCUCUGUAUCAGAUGUGGUCUUGGGUCAGUAUGUUGGAGAUCCAGAUGGGGAAGGAGAGGCUAAACUGGGUUAUCUAGAUGACAAAACUGUCCCUGAAGGCUCCACUCAGGCUACAUUUGCCACAGCAUUGCUUUAUGUAAAGAACGAACGCUGGGAUGGCGUUCCCUUCAUCCUCAGGUGUGGAAAGGCUCUGAAUGAGAGGAAGGCAGAGGUGAGGCUGCAGUUCACCGAUGUUCCUGGAGACAUCUUUAGCUCUCAGUGCAGGCGGAACGAGUUGGUGGUCCGUGUGCAGCCCAACGAGGCCAUCUACGCCAAGAUGAUGAGCAAGAAACCCGGAGUCUAUUUCAGCCCUGAGGAGACCGAGCUGGACCUGACCUACCACAGCAGAUACAGGGACGUUAAGCUGCCUGAUGCCUAUGAACGUCUGAUUCUGGACGUCUUUUGUGGCAGUCAAAUGCAUUUUGUACGAAGUGAUGAGUUGAGGGAAGCCUGGAGAAUCUUCACUCCUCUUCUUCAUCAGAUAGAGAAGCAGAAGACGCCACCCAUCAAAUACAAAUACGGAAGCCGUGGUCCUGCAGAGGCUGAUGAGAUGGUACAGAAAGUGGGAUUCCGCUACGAGGGUACAUACAAAUGGGUGAACCCACACAAACUGUGAAAGAAGACGACGACUAAAAAAAUCAUUCCAAGAUGAGUGCCUGAAAUAAAAGAGAAAUAAGGGCACUUUAGUAUUUGAAGAUGCACUCUGUUAGCACUGCAUGUAAAGAAGAACCAACAAGACUAGCAAACACUUUUUUUUUUUUUUUUUUUUUUGUUUUUUUUAAUUUUUCACCCUUUUAAU